AUCUUCACAUAAACCCUAGCUAAAUAAGUACUAUAACUCUCAUCCCCAAACCCUGCCAAUUCCACCAAUUCUUUACAAUUCCCCCCGCCGCAUUAACAUAUCUUAACCCGCCCAAAAAUGCCGCCCAAGUUCGACCCAACCCAGGUAGUGGACGUUUUCGUCCGGGUCACCGGCGGUGAGGUCGGCGCAGCUUCUUCCCUCGCCCCCAAAAUCGGCCCUCUCGGUCUCUCCCCUAAGAAAAUCGGUGAGGACAUCGCCAAGGAAACCGCCAAGGAUUGGAAAGGCCUCCGUGUCACCGUCAAACUCACCGUCCAAAAUCGUCAGGCCAAGGUGACAGUCGUUCCCUCCGCCGCCGCAUUAGUGAUCAAGGCACUCAAGGAGCCCGAGCGUGACCGUAAGAAGACCAAGAACAUCAAGCACAAUGGCAACAUCUCCCUUGACGACGUUAUUGAGAUCGCUAAAGUUAUGCGCCCCCGGUCCAUGGCCAAGGACUUGAGUGGCACGGUGAAGGAAAUUUUGGGUACCUGCGUUUCUGUUGGUUGUACGGUCGACGGAAAGGAUCCGAAGGAUCUGCAGCAGGAAAUUACCGAUGGUGAUGUGGAGAUUCCUCAGGAUUGAGAUUUUGUUGGAUUGGAUUUCGAGCUGAAUCUCUAUGGUUUGGAUAUUUUUGUUUCUUUAGCUUUACUCUGUACUUCCUCUUUUCUUUUAGUUGAAUGCAGUAUGUGGAUGCUAAUUACUGCUUCUAUUACUCAGUUUAAAUGAGAUUUAAGUUUAUAAUUAUGGUUUCAUUUUUGAGUA